GACCGACACGGCUACGGCAUCGAAAGACUCUUCCAUGAAAGCUCAUUUGCACAUGUUGUUUAAGAAGAAGAUUUUUCAUUAUGGCUACAUCAACACAGACACCUUCAUCUUCACGAAAGAAGAAAUGAUUGAGUUGCUGCAUAUCCUAAAGCGACUCACGAGUUACUUGGAAGACCGGAAGACCCCUCAGCGCCCUAUCUACACUAUAAUGGCGUCGACAUGGAGUCCAUUCUACGACGAAAUCUCGGCUUCGAGUGUGACAGAAGCGUUCAGGACCGUGCUUAUGCCGGACCUGUUCAUCUCGAAAGUGCACCUGUCCGACAAGGAUAGCAUUUUUGACGACUGCAGGAUUUUGCCAGCGAAUAUACUGAAACAACCACCGAAUAUUAAGGGCAAGAAUAUUUACUUCUUUAACUUGUUCACUGCACUGAAGCACGCCAGCGACCUGGACAAGUUGCGGAACGAGGGCGUGAAGACGGCGGCGCUGUCCGUUUCCGUGGGUCUCUAUGGCCGCUGGUACUACGUCGGCACUGAAGCACAGAUGGCGCUGCAGAACUACGCCGCUGGUGACCCCUGUUACCAUCAGAAGAUGGACCACCAGUGCGCUAGCAUCGCCAAGGUUUGCAAGGACCCAAAGUACGGGGAUGUCCACAAGAGCGAAAUAUGGAACUGCAGUUACGUCGUGGACAAGAAGAAGUUCAAGACCUUUGUCUACGACACACCCGAGACACUACAGUACAAGCUCUGCCUUAGCCGAAAGAACGCAACCACACUGAAGUACGGACUCACGGCGGUGGGACUCGAGUUUUCGGAUGCCGCCGACCACUGUGGAAUGGGAAAGUUUCCAAUGCUGACCACAGUGAAGAAGACACUCGAGUUCUUCGCGGAAAAGUACAAGUCCCCGGACGCCUAUAAGGACUGUCUGUCAGCAUAGCCCUCUGCUAUUAUUGG